AUGCUCAAUAAGGUUUUCGAGGCCGAGGGUGAACUGGACUCGCAUUCACUUGCUGGGAAAAAGAGAGUGGAUCAGGCUACGACUGAGGCUGAGGAUAGAGGGUUCAGUUCAUUAGCUGGUAGUUUAGUCAUUCAGAUAGUGACUGGCGCUUUUUUAGCUAUGCAUCACACACCUCAUGUGGAUAUAACUUUCAACAGCGUAGAACACAUUAUGAGAGAUGUUGAAGGGGGCUGGUUGCUCCGUUGUAUGCAUGCUAAUGGGGCAAGUAUGUUUCUCAUUGUGGUUCACCUUCAUAUUUUUCAUGGUCUAUAUUAUGCGAGUUAUAGCAGUCCUAGGGAAUUUGUUUGGUGUCUCGGAGUUGUCAUAUUCCUAUAAAUGAUUGUGACAGCUUUUAUAGGAUACGUACCACCUUGGGGUCAGAUGAGCUUUUGGGGGUUAAAUUGUUUUUUCAGUCUCCAUCAUUUACUCCCCAUUAUUUUAGCAGGCGCCAGUCUUCUUCAUCUGGCUGCAUUGCAUCAAUAUGGAUCAAAUAAUCCAUUGGGUGUACAUUCUGAGAUGGAUAAAAUUGCUUCUUACCCUUAUUUUUAUGUAAAGGAUCUUGUAGGUCGGGUAGCUUCUGCUAUCUUUUUUUCCAUUUGGAUUUUUUUUUUUGCUCCCAAUGUUUUGGGGCAUCCCGACAAUUAUAUACCUGCUAAUCCGAUGCCCACCCCGCCUCACCAACUGUAA